AUGGAUACACUCGUCGCGCAGUACAGCAGGCCUAUGUUUGAGAAGGAGAAUAAUUAUGAUGAAGACCAGAUGGACCUUUACAACCCAGCACCCAGCAUGUCGCUGAAGUUUGCUAUGCCUCCGAUAGCUCAGCCUUCAGCCUGGCUUCGCGCAGCAACAGACGAUCAUGCCAACCCAGACUGUCCCAUCAAGAUUGCCCACGGUACCACAACAUUAGCGUUCAGAUUUCAAGGGGGCAUUAUUGUAGCAACCGAUUCGAGAGCGACAGCGGGAAAUUGGAUUGCCAGUCAGACCGUAAAGAAGGUUAUUGAAAUCAACAGCUGCUUGCUAGGGACAAUGGCUGGUGGUGCUGCUGAUUGUCAAUACUGGCUAGCAUAUCUGGGAAUGCAAUGUCGAUUAUACGAACUCCGUCACCAUCGCCGAAUCUCUGUCGCAGCCGCCUCCAAGAUCCUCGCAAAUCUCGUCUACUCCUACAAAGGCCGAGGACUAUCUAUGGGAACAAUGUGCGCUGGUGUCACCCCAUCAGAAGGACCUGCUCUCUACUACAUCGACUCUGACGGAACACGUCUUGCGGGGAACAUGUUCUGUGUUGGAUCUGGUCAGACAUUCGCCUACGGAGUACUAGACGCGGAAUACUCAUACGAUCUGAGCGAAGAAGAGGCGCUAGCAUUAGGAAGCCGAAGUAUCCUGGCCGCAACCCACAGGGACGCAUACUCGGGAGGAUUCAUCAACCUGUACCAUGUCAAGGAAGACGGCUGGGUGAAGCACGGAUUCAACGACACAAACCCGAUAUUCUGGAAGACGAAGUUGGAGAAGGGAGAGUUCUCAAAUGUCACAAGCGAGAUGGUGUAA